AGUCAGGCGUCAGUCGGCGUCGCUUUCGCACGUACGGCACCUCUGGGCGUCUGUUUCCGCGUCGUCGUCGCUGCGUCGAUCUGCUGGUCGGGCCUGAUCCGGAUAACCUCAGCUGGAGGGCUACCUUGUCGCUGACAUUUAGCGAUUCGGUCGGGGAAGUUGCUGCGUCUCCAUUGGCAGCUGGAGUGAAGGUACCUGCAGCCUACCCUGUGACACUGGUAGCCCGGCAGCAGCUCCAGGCGAGCCGACAUCACUAGGGGUGGCCAAGCUCUAAUGCUGGCAGGAGCCGCCGCGCCCCCGGUCAUGCUACUUCCAGCAGGACAACGCACCCCUGCCGCCAUCGCAGUCGCCCCAGCCGCCCACGGCUCCCUGACCACCCGGCCGGAACGCGUCAUGUAAAUCCGCACCAGCGCUCUGCCGUCGUAGCAUGUAACGCGCCGAGUCGCUUGCAGGUAGCCACGUGUAGAGGUAGACUCAUAGAUCGCGCCGCGCGUCCCGCACCUCAGAGUAGACAACCGCGUCGCCGUAGGCAGUGAAGUGCGAAUCAAAUUGCGCCACUUUCCUGUCGCAAGUGCACAGUACACUACAAGAGAGUUUGCUUGCUAGGCGUAGAGUCACUUAUAAAAGUAACAAGCUACAGGCUCAUUUAGAAACUGCUGAGCAGGCCAUCUCUCCCGAUGAACUAACAGAUACCAUCUAUUACAAAGUAUCAUCUGCUACGUACCAACAGAGUCAUCAUAUUGAGAAGAAAUUUAUCUGCUUGUCGUUGAGAAAUCAGAACAGGCCCUAGCAGCAGGUUCUUGAAUUACUUGCAUAUGUCUGGAUCGCACUAGACAAUCUACAUACAAACUGCAUUCAUAAAAUAAUAGUUUCUAUUUAUAUUGGGCUGCAGGCAUCUGAUACGCGUCAAACUAGAAAGUAUCUGAGGCAGCUUAAGCCUGUCUAUACAGCUGAAGAAGAGAGUAUCUUACAAAAGUGCUCUUUGGUUUGUGUGGGACCACAUCAACUAUCAAACUAGUGUCGCCAGCGAAGGACAAGUUCGUAUUUUGAAGUAGAACAUCAGCUUCUGAAGUUGUCCAGACGCUUCUCAGCAAAGGUGCUUGGUAGUUAGCAGUAGCUGACAGUUAAAGGAUUCGGCAGUUGAACACGAGAAUCGUCGGCUGCUCCUCAGAGAAUCCUUACCAGUGGCUGAAUCACCAGUCCAACGAGUGAGUAACUGCCGAGCCACAGAUUGGACAUCAACCAGACUUACCAGUUGAACAUCAGUGAGCUGCUUGAUCAGAACCUGACACAAUCCCAACAAGACACACACUGUCUCUGACCUUAGAUACCAAGUAAACCUGCGAACUGGACAUUCAACUACUUGACCAGCUCCAGAGUUCUCAAGAAGUGAAAGAAAUCCCUGACUCCCUGAUCGUGUAUCAAGUAUUAUACAUCUGUGACACCUGCUCUCCAGUUCAACCCCAGUGCGGAAAGGUAUAAAGCCUCUUGACACAUAGUUUGGUACCGCGUGAGAGCAGCAGCCAGUCGGCAGGAUGAGCUUCUUCAACUCGCUGCAGCAGUACGUGACGAGCAGUGUGGCCAACCUGAGCCUGUCGCCGAAGCGCUUCACGCGCGGCGGCUCGGGCAGCUCCACCGAGGGCGAGCAGGCUCCAGCCGCCGCUCCGCCGCCCUCUCCACGCAGUUCCAGUGCCGGCAAUGUGCAGCACGGCUUUCCCAAGGUGGUGCCGCCCCCCGGCACGGUCUCCUCGCGUCGGCGCACGCUGGAAUGCGCCUCGGCGCUGCAGGUGGGGGCGGCGGGGGCGGCGGCGGCUGUGCCAGGCGCGCUGGGACUGCCCCCGGGGCACGCGCCGAGACGCCAGGGCUCGUUCCGGCGCCAGCAGCAGCAGCUGCAGCACCCACGGCCGCCCCUCAUGUUCUGCCGCCGCCGCCAGAGCUGGCCAGAGGUCGACCAGCAGGCCACGUCGGGGGUGCAGGAGACGGACGGGUCGUUCUUCGAGAGCUUCACGGCGCUCAGCUGGAAGCAGGAGAACCGCCGGCUGAUGGCCACGCAGGAGGUGGAGGCGCGCUCCUGCGCCGACAGCCUGCCCCAGCUGGACCACCUGCUCGGCGCCGACUUCAGGCUCCACAAGAAUGAGCUGGAGCAGCUGUACGUGGAGGUGCUGUACACGAUCGCCAACAAGGUGGGCGCCUCCACGGGCCAGUACGCACACUACAAAGAGGACCUCUUCUCGUACGCGCAGAAGGCCUUCGGUAUCCCCAAUGAUGUCCACCGCAAGUUCCUCGCCAUCGCCAGCGAAGAGAAGCCUCCCAUCGUGGUCCUGAACGUGGUGGUGCUGGAGGCGGAGGGCCUGGAGGCGAAGGAUGCCAACGGCUACAGCGACCCGUACUGCCUGCUGGGUCUGACGUCACGCCGCCAGCUGGCGCCGCCGCACCUCGAGACGCCGGGCUCGCCGUCUUCCGGGUCGGAGCCGCCGUCGCCAGAGCUGGUGCCCGACGCCGUGGCGUCGUCGCCCGUAGCAGUCGUGGCCGGCACUCUCGGCUUCAGCGACCCGUACUGCAUGCUGGGCAUCCAGCCGGGCGGGCUGCAGCCGCCGUCGCCGCAGCCGGGCAGCGGCCAGAGCUCCCGCGAGACGCCGCCGGGCUCCCCGCGCCACGCCUCGGCCGCCGCCACUGGCCGCACGCUCUCCGACAGCGGAGACCCCGACCAGUCGCACAGGGACACCUCGCCGCACGAGAAGCUGCGCAAGCACCACAGCUUCCGGCUGAGCUUCAAGCGGAAGGAGCACGGCUACGGCCGGGAGCGGCGCGACACCAUCCACCGCGACAGCCUGUCCGCCGCCGUGCCCGCCAAGUUCAUACGCGCCACCAGCGUCAAGCCGCAGACGCUCAACCCGCGCUGGAACGAGAAGUUUCGCUUUGAUAUCGAUGACGUUGCGAGUGACAUUCUACAUCUCGAUAUCUGGGACCACGACGACGAGUCGUCGGUGUUCGAUGCGGUCAGCAAGCUGAACGAGGUGCGCGGCGUGAAGGGUCUGGGCCGCUUCUUCAAGCAGAUCGCGCAGAGCGCCCGCUCCGGCAACCAGGACGACUUCCUCGGCUGCGUCAACAUCCCGCUGCAGGACAUCCCGUCUACGGGGCUGGACCGCUGGUACCAGCUGGAGGCGCGCACGCAGCGCUCCAACAUCCAGGGCCGCAUCCGACUCAAGCUGUGGCUGUCGACGCGCGAGGACCGCGGCAACUCCGAGGAGGACAACGGCUCCGAGAUCCGCCAGCAGCAGCGCCUCUACGCCGUCUUCAUUGGCCACGAGCUCGACCGCUUCUCGGGCCCGACGUGGGAGUGGAGCGGCGAGCUGCCGCACGUGGCGCAGACGAUCCUGCACCAGCACGCGAUCCAGGGCGACGUGACGGAGCUGCAGCUGGCCGCCGUGCGCUGGACGGCCUACUGCCGCCAGGCGCUGUCUUCGCCGCUCGACACUCGCAUCCUGCUGCGCCUGCUGCAGGACCUGGACGCGCGCUGGCCGCACGAGACGCUGUCCCGCGAGGAGGAGGAGAGUCUGGCGGAAUCAUUCAACAUGUUCCUUGAGUUCUCCUUGCAGAUGUUGAGAAAGCACCGUCAGUAUUUUCCCCCACACAACAGAGCAGCCAUGUCAAGGCUUGAUUAUCUGCUUAGGUGUCUUGGUCUUUUGGCAAAUAUGAAAGCAUUCUGGAAAUGUUGCCCCUUCAACAAAGAAAUUAGAGGCGAGAUUAUUACAGCUCUUAAGAAAGGAACACUCGAAUGGUAUGAAGAAAUUCAUACAUACCAUAAACCAAGUUCGAGGAAUCAAGAUGUUGUUAUACACAGUUUGAUCCAUCUCAUUACAUUGUUAAUUGUUGAUCUUCAAAAAGGGUUAGAUUUCUACAACAGUUUAUUUGAAAGCACAAAUGGUGUUCCCUACUUCUCUGCAAUUUUCAAGCAACUUGAAAAAAUGUUGGCGGAGGAUGUGGGCAAAGAACUGGAAAUCUUUGAGGUACAAGGUGACAUUGGACCACAGGUGGCAGCUUUGUGUGUGCAGUUUCAGUCACCUUCUCCUCCAGAUGAUGCAUCACUUCCUGCUGGCUGUGAAAUUGGCACUGCUAUCUUUGAACUGUAUCUUGCAUUGCAGGAGUUUGUCAGUUUUCGAGACCAUCUCUCGCCUGUUGAUCAAAAAUCUCUCUCUAUAAAUUGUUACUAUGAGUGGUUUGAACCAGCACUUGACAGAUGGUUGGAUGUAUCAAAGUUCAAGGCAAUGCAUCGUAUCCACAAGGCAGCUGAACUGAAUAAAGUUUGCACUGGUGACUUCAUUGUUAAACAUAGUACCUCAGCUGUGGAUGCAACUGCGUGUUUCUACCAGAUAAAAGAGUUCUGGAGGCAGUUAGCUUGGCCUGACUUAGUGGGAUCAUACAACUACAUAAUGAAGAUCAUUGAUUGUAUCUGUGGUGCAGCUGUGUAUUAUGCUGAUCUCACCCAUCAAAAACUUCAAGAUACGGGAUAUUAUGAGGACACUGCUCCCUUCAAGAUAAGUGAUGAGAUGUGUGUAACUGUAAAUGACCUUGAAUAUGUUCGACGAUGGCUUGCCCCACUUGGCACUGAAUUGCAGGCGGAAGUUGUAUUAGAAGCAGUUGAAGCAGGCAGUGGAGGAAGCCAGCAGUGGCGUACUGCUUUAUAUAAUAUGCUGGAUGGAGCUAUUACACAACUUGAAGCUCGUGCUCUGCAGGUUAUCAACAGAGUUGCUGCAAAGAUGCGGCCAGCCCUGAAGAAAGCAACAUUUCAUCUGGCAUGGUCACCCGACUCCUUACCAGCUUCUGAAGCCAUUUCACCACUACUGGAAUACCUUGAUGCACAUCUUGUUGCCCUUAAUGCGGCACUUCUGCCACGUAAUUUUGAGCGACUGUUGUCUGAUGUGUGGCAGGUGUCAUUGCUAGAGCUGGGUCAGCAGAUGGAUGGCAGUGCCGGGGACAAAAUGCCCAUGUUCUAUGAGCGACUGUAUGAAGCACUGGAAAUUCUUGUGGAUUUCUUCCAUGCUGAGCAGAAAGGUUUACCCCUGGAACAAUUGAAAUCAUCAACAUAUUGGAGUGUGGAACAACGUCUGCAAUAUCACAAGACAGACACAGAAGGUCUGAUAAACCUGUAUUACCAACAACGGUUGCAAGAUCAGCUGGCAACAGAAAGCACCGAGUACGGCGUUCUUUCAGUGCGUGCUUACUUCAACCAUGACUCCCUUUGUGUUGAAGUUCUGAAUGCACGUGAUGUCAUUCCUCUGGAUCCAAAUGGUUUCAGUGAUCCAUUUGUGAUAAUUGAACUUCUUCCUCGGAAAGUUUUUGCUCAUUGCACUGAACAGCAAACUAAUGUGCAGAAGAAAACAUUAAAUCCACUCUUUGAUGAAUGUUUUGAAUUUUCAGUGACACUGGAGCAAUGUCGACAUGAAGGUGCCAUGAUACUCUUCACAGUGAUGGAUCACGAUGUUCUCACAUCAAAUGACUUUGCUGGUGAAGCUUUUCUGGCACUGGGUAAUAUACCUGGUGUAGCAGAUAACAACACAAGUAUUGACAACUUCCAUGGAUUAAAACAGGUUGAUCUGAAUCUCAUGCACCAAAAGAACAAAAACCAUCCAAUACUGCAGAUUCUGGAGACAAGAACUGUGGACAAAAUGGCCCAGGAUUUUGUUAAGAAACAAAAACCUCGUAUAAGUACAUAAUACACUACAUGUACUAAUUUUGAAAUGUGUACAUAUAAGAUGAUAUGAUUAAUAUGGUACUUACAUCAAAAGGAAAACUGUUAUGUCCCAUGCAUCAUGUGAGAGCUGUCCUAUUUGAAGGAACUAGUGCAGAACAGGCAGUUCAGAAAUUGCUGAUCAUGAGAAACAGUUUUUAAAUAAUAUUACCAAAGCACAAUAAGUGUAGGAUUUUUAAAUGUGUGUUAUAAGUGAUAUAAAAACAAGUUUUGCUGUCUCAACCUCAAUGGAGGUCAGUAAUGUCCACUUUUUGUGUACUGUAUAGUGAAUUUAUGGAAAAUGAACUAACUGUAUAAAUUGUUACAAGAAAUUCCAUGUGUCAGUCUUGCAGUGCAUAAUACUACAAGAAAACAUCUGUGUAAAAAUGUUGCAGUGUGUGUUUAAAAUCAGUGCUAUAAAGGACCAGAUACUAAAUCAAUGUAAUAUCAAUUUUGCUUAAUUCAUCUUGCAUUGAUGUUGACACAAUAAUGGUUUUGGUUAUAUCUUUUUGCUGAGUAACAGAAGACAAUGGCACAUCGUGGGUGCAAUUUGUCUGUAUUCCAUUCCAGUAACUGGACAAUAACAUAUUAUUAUUACUAUCAUCUUUCUGCAGUGUUGAUUUAUGGAGCAAUGUUUCUAUAGCUGUUUAAGGCGACAGAUGUGAUCUGUUUACUUAGGGGUUUGAUCUUCGAUCAUUCUGUUGUGAUAUAUGGCAUUGCUUGCAUCUGUAAAGUGAAUUUGAAGGAGUACUGAAUACUGUUCAGUUCAUGCGAAACCUCAUUUUAUAGUUUCUGAUGGCCAGUUUUCUAGUACUGUGAUAUGAAAGACAGUAAAUCUACAUGCAUAUAAAAGUUGGAGUAUGCGGCACCAUCAAAGACUUAACUGAAAAUGUAAAGACAAUCUUCUUCAGAGAUAAGCAGCAACCAGCUGUCUUUUAACUCAUAUUUUUUUAUGUUUGAACUUGUCCUCUGAAUUCUAAGAAAAUGAAUAUUUUAUAAUGUAAUAAAAAUAAAAAUAUAGUAUGCUCUACUAAUCUUUAAUAAGAAUAACUUCUGAAGUCAAUGUGGAUUUUAUAUUACCUGUUACACUACAACUUUCAGCAUAGUCUAUAUGAAAUAUAACAGUUGCGCUGUUAAGUAUUUCAACAUAUUUAUUUAACUGGAGAGCAAGAAAUCUUCCUCAUUGCUUAUAACUGAUGUGUGAAUCUGCUCAAGCUCUCAGAUUUCUAUUUAUUUAUUUAAUUACUUAUUUACUUAUUUAAUUAUUUAUUGCCUAAGGAAGAUUCCAUAACAGAGAUGUUCAUAAUGACCAAAAUUCAAAAAGUAAAUGCUGUUUGGUAAUUUAAAAUAAAUAAAAACUUUUAUCACAUUUUGUUUGUUGUUUAUGCAGGCAGAGGUUGGAAUUCUACUGCAUGUGAAAAGUCCAUUGCACAAAAUAAGUCUAGCAACUCUCCAUUCAUCUGAAAACAGCACUGAUGUAUUACUUUAUUGAAGUUUUCUCAUUUUGCUUUCCAAUAAGACAUGAAGAGCUCUUAAAUAAAUUAAAUACAAGAUUUAAGCAAGUUAAGGCUUCAAACUUUAUUUGUGGUAGAUAGUUUCAGCUGAUAGUGAGGUUCAUUAAUUAAGCAGCAUGCCAUUUCAUUAAUUAAUUUUUUGUUGUGCUGCUUAUAUUCAAAACACACACACACACACACACACACACACACACACACACACACACACACACACACACACACACACACACAAAUUUAACAAACAAAUGAAAGUGAAGUAUAGAAUAUUGGGAUACAGAAAGGUAAAUAACACACAAGGAAACACAGCAAUCAUAGUAGGUAAUUUUCUACAACUGUACAAUAGUUAUUUCCAUUGCAGACUGUUAAACCUAUGCACACAAAAAAGAAACUGCUUUUUCCAUUGGUAUUUUCUUAUUUAGAUAUAUCUAUAUUUUAAAUAAAGAAAAGUGUUAACUUUUAUAUAAAAAUUACUCAGUUCUUUGUUGUUUAUUGUGUUUCACAAAACAUAGUCAUCACCAACAUAUAUUGCUGUCUACAAAAUUAUUUUUAAAUUGGUACCUGAAAAAUAAACUUCCUAAAACUGUUCCUGUAAAUCUGUUCAAAUUUUGUACAUUAUCUUGUGCUCAAUUAUGUUUGUCCAGGGUUGCAGAACAUUAAAUUCUCUGUUGUGUCAGAAGUUAUCCAUCAGUUCCAAGAAGUAUGUGAAUGUAUUGCUUUAUUGUUAAGAACUAUAAAUUUCCUCUCUUUGAUUUAACCUUUCUGUGCAAAACAUAUUAAGAAAAUGUGAAGAUAGGCAACUUCCACAAUACACAAGGAACUUUGUCACUGACAGGUUCAUUAAAGCAGUUAGUCGUGACUGUCAUUCAGUGGUUAAAAUGGAACUCUCCAUCAGAGAAAAUGUAUGAAAGUAGGAUAGAGAUCCUCAGGGAAAGGUAAAUUGUCCAAAAAGAAUAAAGUGGUAAAAUAAGUCUAAAAAUUAAUAAAAACUGCAGUGAGAGAGUUGUUCUAAAGACUGGUGAGUUGAGAGAAAAAGAAGAAACUGGAAUGAAAUGUUGUCAGCGUCACUGUGAGAAGAGUCUAGAAGUGGGUGGGAGAAGAUGGACCAGCGAAGGUUACAAGCAGGACAAUUGUGUCACUGUAGAACGUUCUGGGUUUCAGAGAAAGUGCAGG